AUGACGCAGACACACGGCCCACCAGGAAGCCAUGAUAUUACCAGCUCCUUGGAGCCAGCGAACAUUGACACCAGUAUUCUGGAGGACUACAUCAGUAAGGAAGACGACAGCACUGACAUCUGUUUUUCUGAGGUCCACAGCGGUGCCCCAGGGCCUAACUCUUACUCAUCACCCCAGGCCGGAGUUUCCUCUUCUGGGGGUGGUUUGCAGUGUGGCGUGAGCCCCCCUAUCCCCCUCCGUCAGGGAAACCCCCACACCCACCCCUGCCAAACCCCCUACCCCCCGCCCCUGGGCCUGCUGAGACACAACAACUACCCCUGCCUGGGGCAACAGCACCACCAGCAGAACCACAUCAAGCCUGAACACAGAGGACACUACGCACCAGGGACGCUCCCAGAGUCCCCCCCAGACUCCAGCUCUGAGCCAUACUCCCCUCAGCAGGUCAAUGACACUCACAUGCUGAAGACCAUGACACCAGAGAACAUGUGUCACAUGACCUCGCCGCCGCUCCCCCCGCACGGCCAUGUCUAUCCAAACAUGCACCGGGACAUGUACCUAAAGCCUGAGCCAAUGAUCUCGCAGUACCCCAUUGGUCCCACCUCCAGUGGGAGUUGCCAGGACCUGCAACAGAGCCAGAUGCUGCAUCAACUAUUGCAACACCCACAACAGGGGCAAGAUGGGAUAGCAGUCCACCAGGCCAAGAAGAGGAAACAUUCUGACGGUCCUAACGGCACUCUCAACUCUCAGAUCCUCACAGGUAUCAUCAAACAAGAGCCAGUAGACAUUGUUUCUGGCCCAGGGUUGAUGGCGGAUGCUGAUAACUCCUACCUGGACCCGAGCUACCAGGGUAUAAAAUGGCAGCCGCACCAGCAGAACAAGUGGACGCCAUUAUAUGACGUCAACUGCAAAGAGCUCCCAAUGCUCACCUAUCGAGUCGACGCAGAUAAAGGCUUUAACUUUUCCCUGGCGGACGACGCCUUCGUCUGUCAGAAGAAAAAUCACUUCCAGGUCACCGUGUACUGCGGCAUGCUGGGAGAUCCCAAGUACAUCAAGACCAGCGAUGGCCUCCAGCCAAUCGACUGCUUCUAUCUCAAACUCAAUGGGGUUAAGCUGGAAGCCAUGAACCAGUCCAUCAACGUGGAGCAGUCCCAGUCAGACCGCAGCAAGAGACCCUUCAAACCAGUACUGGUAACACUGCCCCCGGAGCAGGUUACCAAGGUAACCGUGGGACGACUACACUUCAGCGAGACCACAGCCAAUAACAUGAGGAAGAAAGGCAAACCCAACCCUGAUCAGAGGUACUUCAUGUUGGUGGUGGCGUUGCAGGCCCAGGCCCACAGUCAGAGCUUCACGUUGGCCGCGCAGGCCUCCGAGAGGAUCAUCGUCAGGGCGUCUAACCCCGGUCAGUUUGAGAGUGACAGUGAGGUGUUGUGGCAGCGAGGCCAGCUACCUGACUUGGUGUACCACCACGGCCGGGUCGGCGUCAACACAGACCGGCCAGACGAGGCCAUGGUCAUCCACGGCAACCUGAAGGUCAUGGGGUCACUGGUGCACCCCUCCGAUAUACGGGCUAAAGAGAACGUCCACGAGGUAAACACUACAGACAACCUGAAGCGGAUCAGUCAGAUGAGACUGGUUCAUUACCAGUACAAGCCUGAGUUUGCUUCCAGCGUGGGAAUAGACACCAGCCCAGAAACUGGAGUGAUAGCUCAGGAGGUGCAGCAGAUCCUACCUGAAGCGGUGAAGGAAGGAGGAGACGUCAUCUGUUCCAAUGGAGAGACCAUCCCUAAACUACUGGUGGUCAACAAGGACCGUAUCUUCAUGGAGAACGUCGGGGCAGUGAAGGAGCUGUGUAAAUUGACUGACAACCUGGAGACUCGUAUAGAUGAGCUGGAGCGUUGGAGCAGGAAGCUGGCCAAACUCCGCCGCCUGGACAGCAUGAAGAGUACCGUGAGCGGAGGCACCACCAGCCAAUCAGGAAGCCAGUUCAGCAGGACAGGAAGUGGUCCCCUGAAGAAGAAGACAGUUAAACCUGGGAAUAAGAGUCCGACUCCAGAGCAGGGAUGCAUCAGUCACAGGUUCAUGCAGGGAACCAUUCUGGCUCUAGUCGUCGUCAUGACCUUCAGUGUCAUCUCCAUGUCCGUACUCUAUGUGUUGACACUGCACCACAGAGGGGACGUCAUCGAGAAAGAUGUCUACGUAGCUUCCUGCUCCCUGCACAUCUCUUGGAUGCCCCUCUUCACUGCUACAGUCACUUUCUGUCCACCACUCUGUCCAUGGUCUGCAGAGGGAUCAUCUAGGAUGGCCUCUGCUCCUCAAUCCACCAUCUCGACACGUCAAGAUACAGUCCCACCCUCUCCUUCACUGGCCAAUCCUGCAGCUUGCUGUCCACCUACAACUGCCACAAACAACCAAUCAGCAACUACUCUGUCGCCAAGCAACAACCAGUCUACAUUGGAAGUGAGUAGUCCGGUCCCUACACUGCGCAGCAUCAACAAGAAGGCCAAGUCCAGGCCUAUGGACAAGGACGGACGCUACCGGAACCGUCUCAGCCACACCUCCGCCCCCAUCUACCUGUCCAAGGCUAAGAAACCUGCCCCUGCAGAGGACCUGGGGGGUGUAGGGGGGGUCAACAACCGGCUGCCUGGACCGGGCGGGCCUGAAGACCAGCAGACACUGCCCGUGCCUCAGAGACAACGUAGGGACAACACACACAUCAGCACGGAGGAGGAAACAGGAGGAAGACCAUUCCCUUCCCUUAUAGAUCUGCACAUCCUGGAGACAGACCAACACAUCUCAUCACACAACUGUCCCCAUCCUGACAGCUGCAGCUAUUCCGUAUCACUCCAAGGAACCAGGAACUCCUCCAUGUCAAAAAUCACUCUACACAUGAGUUCCAGUGCCAGUGUGUGGGUCAAACAGUGUGGAGUCACCAGAGGACGGCUGUGUCCUGACCACAGAGAGACCGAGCUCUAUGCCGGAGAAAGAACAUUUACUGAGGGGACAGAUCACCUGUGGUCAGUAUCUGUACUGUCAUUCCAGGACGUUACCUAUCACUUCAGAGUGGCCAAGUCUAGUGAAGUGAGGUGUGGCGUAGAGGAUGAGAACGUAUCCACCACACCGCCAUACUCUGACUUCUACUUCCUCAUUCAAAGGAGCUGCUCGUGAGAGGAGAGGAAACUAAGCAUGCGAACUAGUGUGCUGCUUUGAACGUAUCCGCAGACUGACCCAGGGUAUCUUAACUAGUACACCUCCUAUCCCAUCCUUCUCUCUCUCUCUCUGGCUCCUUCCAAACAAUAGGGGAUCGAGAAACUAUUUGUUCUGCUCUCAAACUUAUGAGAGAGGCAUGAAUGUGGGACUGUAUCCUCCCAAGCUCCGAUGCCUUACAUGAUGUCAUGAUGAUAUAGACUUACAGUGUAUUCGGAGAGUAUUCAGACCCCUUUUUUUCCAUAUUUUAUCACAUUUUACAUCAGUAUUCAGACCCUUUACUCAGUACUUUGUUGAAGCACCUUUGGCAGCGAUUACAGCCUUGUGUCUUCUUGGGUAUGACGCUACAAGCUUGGCACACCUGCAUUUGGGGAGUUUCUCCCAUUCUUCUCUGUACAGCUAUUUUCAGGUCUCUCCAGAGAUGUUCGAUCAGGUUCAAGUCCGGGCUCUGGCUGGCCAAUUCAAGGAUAUUCAGAAACUUGUCCCGAAGCCACUCCUCAGUUAUCUUGGCUGUGUGCUUAGGGUCGUUGUCCUGUUGGAAGGUGAACCUUCGCCCCAGUCUGAGGUCCUGAGCGCUCUGGACCAGGUUUUCCUCAAGUAUCUCUCUGUACUUUGCUCCGUUCAUCUUUCCCUCGAUCCUGACUAGUCUCCCAGUCCCUGCCGCUGAAAAACAUCCUCACAGCAUGUUGCUACCACCACCAUGCUUCACCGUUCGGAUGGUGCCAGGUUUCCUCCAGACGCUUGGCAUUCAGGCCAAAGAGUUCAAUCUUGGUUUCAUCAGACCAGAGAAGGAUGAUCAAUCUCAUGGAUGAUCAAUGGAAACAGGAUGCACCUGAACUUUCAAGUCUCACAGCAAAGGGUCUGAAUACUUAUGUAAAUAAGGUAUAUACCUUAUAUACCUGUAUACUUUUUGUUUUUGCUUUGUCAUUAUGGGGUAUUGUGUGUAGAUUGAUAAUGAGGGGGAAAAAACGAUUUAAUCCAUUUUAGAAUAAGGUUUUAACGUAACAAAAUGUGGAAAAAGUCAAGGGGUCUGAAUACUUUCUGAAUGCCCUGUACAUUAUGUCUUAAUAACUAUGUUUUUUUUUUGCCAAUUUAUAGCAUCCUUACACAUUUUACUGAACUGGUUUUUCUUAUCUACAAUCUAACCAUUCCUGAUGACUGAAAACAAAAGUCUGUUUUGAACUAAUGGUUUCGUGUUUAAUGGAAAUUCCAUUUGGUUCUAGAACACAAGUGGCUUCGGCCCAAAAGGAACCCCAUUCACUCUAUUGUGUACUAAAUAGGGAAUAGGGUACCAUUGGGCUCUGGUCUAAAGUAGUGCACUAUAUAGGGAAUAGGGUUCUAUAGGCCUCUGGUCUAAAGUAGUGCACUAUAUAGGGAAUAGGGUACCAUUGGGUACGCAGACUGUGCCUCAGCAAAUAAUAAGGGGGAGUCAUGUUCACAGCUGGUCUCAGUGGCGUAUCAAGAGUAACGUUAUAUUACAGCUGGCCUCAGUGGCGUAUCAAGAGUAACGUUAUAUUACAGCUGGUCUCAGUGGCGUAUCAAGAGUAACGUUAUAUUACAGCUAGUCUCAGUGGCGUAUCAAGAGUAACGUUAUAUUACAGCUAGUCUCAGUGGCGUAUCAAGAGUAACGUUAUAUUACAGCUAGUCUCAGUGGCGUAUCAAGAGUAACGUUAUAUUACAGCUGGUCUCAGUGGCGUAUCAAGAGUAACGUUAUAUUACAGCUGGUCUCAGUGGCGUAUCAAGAGUAACGUUAUAUUACAGCUGGUCUCAGUGGCGUAUCAAGAGUAACGUUAUAUUACAGCUGGUCUCAGUGGCGUAUCAAGAGUAACGUUAUAUUACAGCUGGUCUCAGUGGCGUACCAAGAGUAACGUUAUAUUACAGCUGGUCUCAGUGGCGUAUCAAGAGUAACGUUAUAUUACAGCUGGUCUCAGUGGCGUAUCAAGAGUAACGUUAUAUUACAGCUAGUCUCAGUGGCGUAUCAAGAGUAACGUUAUAUUACAGCUGGUCUCAGUGGCGUAUCAAGAGUAACGUUAUAUUACAGCUGGUCUCAGUGGCGUAUCAAGAGUAACGUUAUAUUACAGCUAGUCUCAGUGGCGUAUCAAGAGUAACGUUAUAUUACGUACCGGGCUGCUUUAUUCUGGGUCAGAUUGAUUUACUCACUGGUUGCGUCCAAAUGGCACCCUAUUCCCUAUAUAGUGACCAGAGCCCUAUGGUACCCUAUUCCCUAUAUAGUGCACUACUUGUACGUAGUGUAACACUGUAUAAUCUGGAACACUGUGUAUACACUGUAUAAUCUGGAACACUGUAUAUACACUGUAUAAUCUGGAACACUGUGUAUACACUGUAUAAUCUGGAACACUGUGUAUACACUGUAUAAUCUGGAACACUGUAUAAUAUGGUACACUGUGUAUACACUGUAUAAUCUGGAACACUGUAUACACACUGUAUAAUCUGGAACACUGUAUACACACUGUAUAAUCUGGAACACUGUGUAUACACUGUAUAAUCUGGAACACUGUGUAUACACUGUAUAAUCUGGAACACUGUAUAAUAUGGAACACUGUGUAUACACUGCAUAAUCUGGAACACUGUAUAAUCUGGAACACUGUAUAUACACUGUAUAAUCUGGAACACUGUAUAUACACUGCAUAAUCUGGAACACUGUAUAUACACUGUAUAAUCUGGAACACUGUAUAAUCUGGAACACUGUAUAAUCUGGAACACUGUAUAUACACUGUGUAAUCUGGAACACUGUAUAUACACUGAUAAUCUGGAACACUGUAUAUACACUGUAUAAUCUGGAACACUGUAUACACACUGCAUAAUCUGGAACACUGUAUAUACACUGUAUAAUCUGGAACACUGUAUAUACACUGAUAAUCUGGAACACUGUAUACACACUGUAUAAUCUGGAACACUGAAUAUACACUGUAUAAUCUGGAACACUGUAUAUACACUGUAUAAUCUGGAACACUGUAUACACACUGCAUAAUCUAGAACACUGUAUAUACACUGUAUGAUCUGGAACACUGUAUAAUCUGGAACACUGUAUAUACACUGUAUAAUCUGGAACACUGUAUAUACACUGUAUAAUCUGGAACACUGUAUAAUCUGGAACACUGUAUAUACACUGUAUAAUCUGGAACACUGUAUAUACACUGUAUAAUCUGGAACACUGUAUACUCUGGAACACUGUGUAUACACUGUAUAAUCUGGAACACUGUAUACACACUGUAUAAUCUGGAACACUGUAUAUACACUGUAUAAUCUGGAACACUGUAUACACACUGCAUAAUCUGCAAUACUGUAUACUCUGGAACACUGUAUAAUCUGGAACACCGUAUAUACACUGUAUAAUCUGGAACACUGUAUAUACACUGUAUAAUCUGGAACACUGUAUACUCUGGAACACUGUAUAUACACUGUAUAAUCUGGAACACUGUAUAUACACUGUAUAAUCUGGAACACUGUAUAUACACUGUAUAAUCUGGAACACUGUAUACACACUGUAUAAUCUGGAACACUGUAUAUACACUGCAUAAUCUGGAACACUGUAUACUCUGGAACACUGUAUAUACACUGUAUAAUCUGGAACACUGUAUACACACUGCAUAAUCUGGAACACUGUAUACUCUGGAACACUGUAUAUACACUGUAUAAUCUGGAACACUGUAUACACACUGCAUAAUCUGCAAUACUGUAUACACACUGUAUAAUCUGGAACACUGUAUAAUCUGGAACACUGUAUAAUCUGGAACACUGUAUAAUCUGGAACACUGUAUGAUCUCAGCAUUUGAUAAUUGCAUCCAUUGUUCAGGUCCAACACUGACUAUAUGUUUGAACAACAACGAAAAUACUUUUUCCGCUGUAACUUGCCCACUGGAAUCUUAAUACACUGUAACUCACUCACAGGACCACUAGCAAAUGCUACAUUUGUGUUUAAGACAAAGUACUGUCUUAGCUACAUGUAUGUUAACUUUAUAUGCUUGAAUUGUAGAAGAUUGGCGAUUUCCUUUCUGCUCUCGAUGAUGAUGUUGAUAACCCACACAAAUAUCAACAUCUCUAUGAUGUUUUUUAAACCGCUGGUGCCUUAUCCUUCUCGACAAGGAGGUCGGCUUAUCCUUCUCUACAAGGAGGUCGGUUUAUCUUUCUCUACAAGGAGGUCGGCUUAUCUCGAGACAGAAGCGGCUCAUGGACUUGAUUGAAUGCUGACUGAUUGAAUGCUGUUCACGUUUGAGCCACAGAGUGUUUAAAUCCUAUUUAUUUAAACUAACAAAGGUGGCCAUUUUGUGACACGGCCUUGUGCAACUGAAGGAGAAAAAGGUUUGGCCAGAAGCCACGCUAGCAGCCUACUGAAAGAGUCACGGAUUUAUACACUUGGCACAUUGUAUUAUUCUAACCUUUCCAUUCAUUGCUCUGAAUCUGUGUAACGCUUUUUGUCUUCCCCUCCCUGACGGGAAACAUCACCCUUUCCCUUAAGCCAUGUUUAUAACUAUAAAUCUCCUUUGGAAAACACACCUCUUCACAUGUACUCUGUUAUUUGCCUAUACUUUUUGUAGUGAUAUCUUUUCCUUACUCACUGACCACUGUCCUGUUGGAUAUACUAUUGACCAUAUUCCUCAUAUGUCAUGCAAUACAGUAUUUAGUAUAUACAUGUAUUAGUACGUGAUGAAGGACCCUUUGGAUAUUGGUAUCUGAAUGUCACAAGUUAACAAAAUAUGUAUUCCCAUCUCACGGGCAUUCAGAAUGCACCAUCUCUCCAAUACAGAGACCUGGGCCCGUAUUCAGAAAUCACCGUAGGAGUACUGAUCUAGGAUCAGGCCUUAGGGUAGGAGUACUGAUCUAGGAUCAGGUCUUAUGGUAGAAGUACUGAUCUAGGAUCAGGCCUUAGGGUGGGAGUAUUGAUCUAGGAUCAGGCCUUAGAGGAGGAGUGCUAAUCUAGGAUCAGAUUCCCAUUGUCCAUGUCCAAAAGAAAUAUCCUUGAUCACAAAUACAGGCCCCUGGUGGGUUAAAACAGUUAUAUUGACACAAUGUCUCUCUAACCAGGUGUGUUAAAUCUUACCUGACCUGUCAUAAGAAAUCUAAAUUAAAAAACAAAUAAUCAAAUGAAUAUACUUAAUUGAAGAUGACACAAUAUAAAAUAUAUAGUAUUAUACUGUAUUACCAAUAUGAUUUUGCCAUACAUGAGUACAGUGUACUGUUUUAGCUUAUUUAUAAUGCACCAGCCAGCCUUUAUAGUGACACCAGCAUAGUACUUGUAGUUUAGCACUGUAUAUAUGAACUGCUUAAUGCUCUGAUGGUGGUUCCAACUGGUUUAAACUGGUUCAAACUGGUUCCAACUGGUUCAAACUGGUUCCAACUGGUUCCAACUGGUUCAAACUGGUUCCAACUGGUUUAAAAUGGUAUAGAAACUCAUUACAUGUUACUGUGUAGCUUCAUUUUGUAACAAUCUAUGCUCCUUUUUUAUGUUAUUUCUGUAUUAUCACUAUCAUUUUUACUCUUUAUUACUGUAUCAUGUAUGUUGUAUCAUUAAUAUGUAAAUGUUGUUUUAUGAAAUUCUAUGCCAAUCAAAAUCACUAUUCUCCUUUUACCUGUUUCACUGAGAAAGAAAACACACGGGUGUGCGCGCACACACACACACACACACGCACGCACGCACGCACACACACACACACACACACGCACGCACGCACGCACGCACACGCACGCACGCACACGCACGCACGCGCACACACGCACGCACGCACGCACACACGCACGCGCACGCACGCACGCACGCACGCACGCACACACACACACGCACGCACGCACGCACGCACGCACACACACACACACACACACACGCACACACACACACACACACAGGACUUUCUAAUUAAAACUUUACAAUGAAACGAUCAAAUCACUCAUUUUGAAAUGCAUUUAUCUUCUUACUCUAAUUCGUAUGGCUUAAAGCCCUUCAGAACACUAAAAUACUUGAUGAACAUUGAAUCACUUUUGUAAAGCAUAUUCACCCCCUUCCCUCAUUCACCUCUACACUAGUCCUGUUCCUGCUUUAAAAGUUCUCCCUAUAAAUCUGUGCUUUUUAGUCGAACCUCUUACUUUGUUUUUAAUACAUGAUCGUGGCAUUUAUUUUUAAGUCUUUGCUGUUUUCGUCUCUUUUUUUUGUUUGUUUUGAAGAGCUUGUUGUCAUAAUAUGAAUGCAUGCAGUAAAUAAAAUAUUGAUUGAAAACAAAA